AUGCACAAAGCAUCAAAUUCAGGGAGAUUUCGAAGUCCAGACGGUCUGAAGUCUUCGGUUUUCAAAGCAAUACGGAAUGUAGGGACAAUCGCUGGAAAUGAUAGCGAAAAUAUCCAAUGUCCAUUUGCAAGAAUAGAUGACGAACUAGAAAUUGCUGAUUUCCGGAUAUUUGGUAACAAUGAAAUGAAUGAGGAACAAAAACCAAUGAAAAAGUCACAAGAAAAAAGUCGUAAUGAGGAGGAGGAGGAAUUGGUGGAGGUGAAGGUGGAGCAAUUGAAAAGGCGGAGGAAUAAGGAGGGGAAAGGGGAAGGGGAAGAAGUUGACAGAGAGAAGGAUGUUAAGGAGGAUGAAUGGAUGGUAUUACCUGGGAAGAGGAGAAGAGGCAAGUGGACAUAUCCUUGGUAUCCUCUGAGGAAUCGGAAAACCGGUUUGUAG